AUGCGCGUGCCCGGAUCUUCUGAGGCCUCUGGAUUUCACCGUGAGUCCACUGGCGAAGAUGUCAAGAUUAAGCAAGAACCUGGGAUUGAAGUGUCAGCGACAAAGGGAUCGACGCAGACACGCAGAAGCACAAGAUCCUCAGAUCAUCAGAGUUUUGGGAGGGGCUCUGAUGAAAUGAAAAUGAAAGAGGAAGAUCGAGAGAUCGAUCUGGAAGAUAAACCUCAAUUCCCUCCUAUGAUCCCUUCGGGGGCCACCGCAGAUCGCUCUGCAAAGAGCGAUCUGCUGGAUGAAAAUCCAACGGUGAAAUCCCUGGUUCGAAUCCGGGCACGCGCACCAUUGUGGUGA